AUGGCGGCAUCCAAGUCCCAUCUCGCCUGCUUCUUCCUCGCCGUCGCCGUCCUGACUGCCGCCGCCGCGCCCGAGCCUUCGCUUUCGGCGGCCGUCACGGCCAGGGCCCCCGCUCCCUCCCCCAACGGCGACUUAGUAGCGAAACCAUCAUCAUGGUCAUGCGCCGCGCCGGAGCCUCCGAAGCAGGGCAAGUGCUGCGACGGCCUCAGGUCGCUCGUCCAAGACGCUCCCAUCUGCCUCUGCCGCAUACUGGAGGGCACCGACCUCGACAAGCUCAUGUCUGCGACCGUGGAUAGAGAGAAAUUCAUUCGGACGAUGAUCAUCUGCGACUCGAGCCCCGGUGAAUUUGGUUCUUGUGAAGAGCCAUCGUCCUCGUACGUAAUAGCAGCAUUACAGAAACAAGAUGCAUGUGCGGAAGCUGAAGAUGCCGUAUGUCAAGAUCCGUUAGCAUCAUUUUUAGAAGAGAGUGCUAGUUCUUAG